CCCGAUUGGAACCCCGGAUGCCUAUGCCUAAAAGUAUUAAAAAAUCCUAACUUGAAGCAAUCAAUGUCUUUUACUAUUUUAUUAAAUCAUUUCCUAAAUCUCUUUUACUCUCCUUAAAAAAAUUGGUGAUAUUAAUUUAUGAAAAUCAGUUUACCAUUGCUUCUAUACAAAAAUAUUUUUCAAAAUAUAGCAAUUAGAUGCCUAUUAUUACGGAAGUAUUAAUGAAUAUCUUUUUUUAAAAGGUUAUUUGUUACUGUUACGUUUUAUUCUAAUAAUAUAGUGAUAUACAUAACUCCAAUAUAUUUAUUUCCACAUUCAGAUACUUUUGAAACAUAACAUAAUUAAACAAAGAAAUAUUUAAUUUACAAGCAAACCCGCACAUACGAAAAUACAGAAUUUUAUGUAUAUUUUUAUAUAAAUAAUAGUCCAAUGUAAAUCAAAUAUGAUGAAUGUUGAAAAAUAUAAAACAUUACAACACCAAAUUUAAAUAAUAUAUAUAACAAUUUUAUUAUUCAUUAAAAUUUUGAUCCAUAUAAAAAAUAAAAAUAUAGUUGUGUUUACGCGUUAUUAAUAUUCUAACAUUUUGAAAAACAAAAUAAAAUUACUCAAUAUAAAAUAUAAAAAAUUGUUUAAAAAUGCCAUAUUAAAUAAUUAUUUUAUACUGAAAUUUUAAAAUAUAAACUACUAUUUAUACAGUAUAAAUAUUUAUUUAAAAAUAUAAAAAAAUAUGCACAUGGGUGUGUAGAUGAAGCUUUAGUUUUUUUUACACACCAUUGUACUUACACACCUGAUCAUGCCGGUUAAUAUGGGACGGCAUAAUUAUCAUCUGUAUUCAUAUCCUUACUCUUUCCUAUAAGACUUAUAUUUACGAGUACAUAUUAUCUAUAUAUCAUCUAUAGAUUAUUUUUCUUGGAUCAAAUAUCACCUGUAGAUUAAAGUUAGAAAUUACGCGCGCACACACAAUUAAAAGAAAGACGAACUUUAUAAAUGUAUAUAUUUCAUGUCCUAAAUGUGAUGGCGUAAUCAAAGUUCAUGAUGCCCAUUAUGCUCACAAUGCGUAUGACGAUGGUUGUUACGGUGACAACCCCACUCAAUACGAAGGUCACUAAUUAAGUUGCCAACGACCCACAUUAAAACGCUAAAAUUUCUAAUAGUGGCAUCAAAGGUUUAAAAAAUUAGGUUUCAGGAGAUGCAAACAACUCGCAUCAAACUAACUCCCUUUUUUAUUCUUGUUAAAUUUAGACUGUGAUUGGUAACUUAAAUAGUAAAAUGGAGUAAAACAAAGUGGUGAAAAAGAGCUGAAAAUAAGUAGUGGAAAAUGAGAGAGAAAAAGAAGGUGAAGUAAAUGAAAUUACUCUAAUCAAGUCUAAAGUAAAAAUGAGUUUGAAUUUCAAUAGUAACUAAAGUAAAUAUGAAAAAGUAGUAUUCCACUUGGUUACUCUAUAAUGAUUAACUAGUAGUAACCUUAAUAUUUAGAGCAAUUAGUGCCGAAAAUCCACUAUAAGUCCAACAACGGGAAAAAGAGAGACAAAGGUCUCAAAUAAGUUUGUUGAAACAUCUGGCUUGGUCAGCACUUCAAAAAUUAAAUGGAAUAUCGAUCACCGAAGAUUAUAUACAAAAUAUAUAAAACGGAUCUUCAUAAUAAACAUCUUAUUAUGUAUUUUAUGAAUUACUAGUUUCUAGGCACAUAUGUUAUUUGGAUGUGGUCUUAUAUAUGUAACUGAGAUUUUAUUUUCUCUUUACAUUUUGUUUCUAAUACAAAUAACGCCUCUAAUGAAGAUGCGUGUUUAAUUGUUAAGUGACAUAUUUUUCCUUCAGAUUGUUAUUCUGAUUAUUAUAUAUUGAGAUUGUUAUUAUUACAAUUAUUAUUUUGUUAUACUAACAUGAAUAGUCACAUUACAAUUCUUAAAAAUUAACAUAUAUUGAUUCUUCAAAUCGCCUGUCUUGCAGAUGGGUUCAACUUCCCCUAAGAACAAAAAUUGAAUGCACUCUAGGAAGAGGGGAUGUGACCGUUUGUAUUUCGGGGUGAUUAUGUUGUCUAGUCAAACAAUAAUAAAAGGGACUGAGGGAGAGUUUUUAGAGUGUCGACGUUGGACAGAAAAAUUAGCCAAUCAGAAACUCUUUUUUGACACGUCAUUAUGUCUUCUUUCGUAUGGGCUCUAUUGUUUCGUAUGGGCUUUAUUAUUCAGAUUAUCCUGCGGCCCAUCUUAUCAUACACACAAAUAUGAUAUCUCUUCCACCGUAGAAAAUCUUUCCUCCGACUCUUCCACCUCUGACUUUUCCACUUCAUCUUCUCCAACGCCUGCUUUUUUUCCCACAACAUUCUCAAUCAAUUACACCGUUAAAAAUGGUCUUCAAUGUUGUGAUCCAUCUCCCCUUUACUUCUCUUAUAUAUGGCUUUAUCCCUAAACCUAAUUCUACCCUAAAUAAAAAAACCUACUCUGCAAAAAAAAAAACCUAUGGUAAUGAAAUCCGCCGUAAAGUCUCAGCUUACCACCAGAAAAGCUCCCCUCGCCAUGUAUUUCAAUGACAUCUCUCCAGGACUAUCAGAGUCACAGCUCCGAUUUCGAGUAAUCCACUUUUGGGAGGCAAAAAAUAUAGCUAAUAGGACCCUCAUUGGGAUAGAGCUCCUACUCAUCGACGAACAGGGGACUGUGAUGCAAGGAUUCAUUUCCUCUUCUCGUGCUCCAACAUACCUGCCUCAUCUGAAAGCAGGAGCAACUUACACCCUUCAGAAUUUUUUGGCUGCCACAAGCAAGGAGAUUUACCGCAUCGCUGAUCAGAAUUUAACAAUUUCAUUCUCGAACGGCUCUAUUCUUGCUCCUCUCAACGACAUCCCCGUCUCCGUCUCUUUUCCAACCGACAGGUUCAGGUUCCACACACAUGAGGAUUUCCAAGCUCACCGUGGUCUCAGGGGCGAUCUCUACGAUGUCGUUGGCCACUUGAGGCUGGUGAAUGGUCAGUCUCUCAUUGACCGCCCUGUCCUUGACGAAGCCGAAGUAAUCAGCACGCGUCGUAUUUUGGUUCAUUUGCAAUCAAAAGAGUAUGUGUUUCAUUCGUUAUAAUUUUGGCUCGCUGUCAUCUCCAAAAAAUUUAGCUCGCUGUGAUCUCCAAAUACAUGUUUAGUAUUGUUUCAUGUUUUAUUUUAUAUGAGAUUAGUAAUAUGAUCGCUUUUUGUUAUUGAUUUCAAUAUAUCUGAUAAAUCAUACGUUGUGUUUUACAAAAUAAAUCAGCUAAGUUGUGUUAGUUUGGUGAUAAAAUAAAGGUUAUAUAUUGGGCUGACGCUCUAAUGCACUGCAAAACUUACUCCGUAUGACAGCUUAUUAAAUCUUUCUCUGUUUUAUACAUUUUACAGUGAACCUGUUAUGAAGUUCUACCUUUG